AUGAAUUUAUCGCCAUGUUAUCUUUACGUAUGGCGCAAAACCAAGGCAUUUAGGUUUUUGUUAUUGCGUUUUUCUUGAAUGCUAUCUGUUUUAAAAUGUUUUCGCCCCGUUCUCGCUGCACACAGAUGCUACUGCGCUAAUCCCUGCAAGGAGAUGAAGUUCCUCAAUGUGGCGGAGAAGAACGAUGCCGCCAAAACAAUUGCUGGAUUGCUCUCUAAUGGCUCCGCACGGAGGCGCGAGGGCUACUCGGUGUACAACAAGGUCUUCGAAUUCGAGGCUCCGGUGCGCGGCCAGAAUGCUAAAAUGGUCAUGACCUCCGUAUCCGGUCACCUGAUGCAACUGGAGUUCAUGGUGUCCUACAAAAACUGGCGAACGGUGGAUCCCAGCGCCCUGUUCGAUGCUCCAGUGAGGAAGUCCGUGGGUAAGGACUACGAGCCCAUUAAACGGACUUUGGAGCGCGAGGUGCGCGGCUGUCAGGGAUUGAUAGUCUGGACGGAUUGCGAUCGCGAGGGCGAAAACAUUGGCUUCGAAAUCAUCAAUGUAUGCCGUGCCAUUAAGCCGAAUCUCACCGUUUACCGGGCCAGUUUCUCGGAGAUCACCACGGUGGCUGUGCGUCGCGCUCUCCAGCAACUUGGACAGCCGGACAAAAGGCAGAGCGAUGCGGUGGAUGUGCGCACAGAACUGGAUCUACGAACUGGCGCCGCCAUAACCCGAUUCCAGACCAUGCGCCUGCAGCGAUUAUUUCCCGAGAAAAUCGCCGACAAGCUCAUCUCGUACGGUAGCUGUCAGAUUCCCACAUUGGGAUUCGUCGCAGAGCGGUACAAGGAGGUUGAGGCCUUUGUUUCGGAGCCCUUUUGGAAGAUUAAAGUCCUGCACACCAUUGAUGACUUGACGGUGGAGUUUAACUGGGCCCGAAAUCGUCUCUUUGACAAGGAAGCCUGUGAGAACCACCUGCUCCUCUGCCUGGCCGAGCCAGCUCCUCGGGCGCUGGUCGAGAGCGUUACCGUGAAGCCCAAACACAAAUGGCGACCUACUCCUUUAGAUACCGUGGAAAUGGAAAAGCUCGGCUCAAGAAAACUCAAGCUGUCGGCAAAGGAGACCAUGACCAUAGCCGAGAAACUGUAUAGCAAGGGUUUUAUCAGCUAUCCCCGAACGGAAACCAACCAGUUCUCCAAGGAGUUCGCCCUGGCGCCACUUGUUGAGAUGCAAACGGGUCACCGCGACUGGGGAGCCUUUGCCCAGCGGGUGGUGGAGUGGGGCCCCAAUCCUCGUAACGGCAACAAGUCGGAUCAGGCGCAUCCUCCAAUUCACCCCACGAAGAUGGCGGAUAAUUUGCAGGGAAACGAGGCUCGAGUUUACGAACUGGUGGUUCGACACUUUCUUGCUUGCGUCAGCAAGGAUGCCGUUGGCUCCGAAACACUUGUCCACAUCGACAUCGCCGGCGAGAAGUUCACGGCCAACGGUCUGGUCAUUCACGAGCGCAACUACUUGGACGUUUACGUGUAUGACAAGUGGAGUGCCAAGCAGAUCCAUCACUAUGAAAACGGCCAGCGCUUUGAGCCCACGGAAGUGUCGCUGCACGAAGGAGCCACCACUGCCCCGCCACUCCUGACCGAAGCGGAUCUGAUUGCUCUGAUGGAGAAGCAUGGCAUUGGCACUGAUGCCACGCACGCUGAGCACAUCAACACAAUUAAGGAGCGCGGCUAUAUCGGAGUUUUGGACAAGGGUUUCCUGGUGCCCGGAGUCAUAGGAAUGGGUCUCUAUGAGGGCUAUGAUGCCAUGGAACUGGCUCUAGCUAAACCCAUGCUGCGGGCGGAGUUUGAGUCGGACUUGAAACUUAUUUGUCAGGGUCAGAAAGAGCCAAAUGCUGUCCUUGCCGAACAGAUAACCAAGUACAAACAGUCCUAUCGGCAGAUCACUGACAAGAUCACCGCCAUGGAUGCCAAGAUAGCUGCUCGCAUCAAUGAGACGCCUGCUGCGAAUCCUUCGGGCCAGGAGGGAUCCGAUCAGAAUCAAGCCACAAUGCAAACGCUCUUCCAGUGCCCAAAGUGCAAUCAAGCGCCAUUGGCGUUGAAGGCCAAGAAGAACCAGCAGGGUUGGUUUAUUGGCUGCACAAACUUUCCCGACUGCAAGAAUGUCGUCUGGAUCCCAACGGAGUGCAAAGAUGUGACCGUGCUGGACGAGUGCUGUCCCACCUGUGGCGAUGGCCAUCGAAUGCUUAAGUUCCGCCUCAGUACGCCAUACUAUCGCGGGGUGUUUAACACUCCUAGCGGGUGGUACAAGACCUGUCUGCCCUGCGAUAAUCUCUUCCGCACCACGUUUAACAUCAAUUUGGAUUCGGUGAAGAGAGUGGGCGGCAUUGUGGGCGAGGCGAGAGGUGGAGGCUGGGGUCCUGGACCAGGUCCAGGAGGAGGUGGUGGCGGCUCAGGAGGAGGUGGUGGUUCUGGAGGCGGAGGCGGUGGUUCUGGAGGAGGAGGCGGUGGAGGAUGGAGCAGCGGACUGGGAGGUGGCGGUACGGGGAGAGGAGGAGGAGGCAGCUCGAACUCUGAAAGUGGUCUCGGAAAUCCUUCAGCAGCAAAAGGAAAUAAACCUGGAAACGGACCUAAAAAACCAGCAACCAAAAAACCACCAAGCGAACCAAAGCCGAAAAAGGCCCCAAAAACCACUACCAAUAAAAACGCAAGCAGCAAAUCCUCUGGGACCAUACGCAGCUUCUUUACCAGUGCAGCCACUACGAAUUCACCCACCAACCAACUGGAUGAAUUCUUCGAUAGCAACGAUGGCUUCGAGGAAGCCAUGUUGGCUGCUGCCGACUCCGUAGAAUCGGGUACAACCAAAUUCAAAACUACUAACUUGGAACCACUGGAUGAUGAUAUUGCAGCCGCUUUUGCCGCGGACGAUGAUGCCGAAUUUGAGGCUUUGGUGAACGGAGGAGGAAAUGUACAGGGUAACUCCUUUCCGGACGAUCAGUUGGACAUAAGUCUUUCGGAAUGGGUGCAAGAGCAGGACAAAGCUAAAGAAAUGCCCAUGGCUUGGGGAAGUCGGGAACGGACAACGUUCGGCUCGGCUGCCCCAACUCCUCCCCCAAAACCAGCUGCCAAAAGAGCGAGGUGGGACAAUGACGAAUGGGAUACUGCACCCUCUUCAGCAACCGAGCCGGAAACAGUGCUGUGCUCCGGAUGCCAACAGCCAGCUCGCCAGCAGACCGUUCGCAGAGAUGGACCCAAUCAGGGCCGGCUAUUCUAUAAUUGCCCCAAAUCGGAUAAGUGUAACUUCUUUCAGUGGGCUGAUGAGCCACCAUCCUCAUCCAGAAGCGGUAGUUCCUUCGGCGGUGCCGCUCAGAACGCAAGUAGUGCCUCCUCCUGGGGCACCAAUCGCUUGGUGACUCUGCCCAGUAAUCACCAGAGCAGCUCCCAGCGGGGCCAAUCAUCCAUGAGAUCGAACUCUAGCAGCACUGUCACCAUAACUCAAACAAAAACUAAGACCUCGACCCAAGGUGAUGAGGAUGAGGUGAUGUGCAGUUGCGGGCAGUUGGCAAGCAAGUUGACCGUGCGAAAGGACGGACCCAACCAGGGCAGACCCUUCUUCUCGUGUCCUACGCGGGAAAAGUCAUGCGGCUUUUUUAAAUGGGGCGAUGAAGACCAAAGUCAAGGUUCCAGCAGUAGUUCCACUUCUUCGUGGGGAUCAUCGAAUCAGAAUCCACCCGGACGCAGCCAACCCGCUGCUUCUAAAUCCGAUGGACCAAAAUCACGGCGUUGUGGUCUCUGUCGGAAGGAGGGACACACCCGAAAUAAGUGUCCGCGCAAAAAUGACUUUGAUAUGUAAUUGAGAAAAAUACUAUUUGCCAUAGAAAAGAUAUGCAGGUAUUAGACAGAGAUGUACAAAUUUUCAUGUAAACUGUAUAUAAUGUUAAUAAAUUUACAUUUUUUUAUCUGUUAUUCGUAGAGUAAAA